CUGAGAUCUAUAAAACUGACACUUCAAGUCCUGUUUCUCCUGUUUCCUAGUACUACUUCAUUUGAACUCUCAAUACUCUCUACCCAAAUUUAGAACGCUCUGCUGUUUCAUUAUGCCUGUGAUCCCUGAACCGUCGGACUUUCCAGCUGUGCUCCAAAAGGGAGGCAAUGAGUCUCAGAAGAAAUCAAAUGAAGAGUCUCAGAAGAAACCAGAUGAUGAAUCCCAGAAGGCGUCUGCUCAAGACUUCUUGUCCAAGGGUCCUCAUAUUCCUGAGAACAUGCCCCCCAAGGCUUCGAAGGAGGAACUCGAGGCACGCAUGAAGGAACUGAACAAGUGAUCUGAGGGACUGUCGAUAGAUGAUCUUAGUUUUGCUAUGAUUUACGUUUUUUAAUCACUAUUCUUUUUAUUUUGUCUGCUCUUUUUUAUCAUCAGUCCGGG